AUGUCGGAUCAGCAGCAGCAGAAAGCUGAUCCGGAUCCGAAGGUCUCACAGCCUGGCGUUGAGCUGGAUCGGGACCAGUUCUGCUGCUCGGUGUGUCUGGAGCUUCUUAAGGAUCCUGUCACCAUUAGCUGCGGACACAGUUACUGCAGCGGCUGCAUUGAAGGCUGCUGGGACAAAGAGGAGGACACGGGACGGUACAGCUGUCCCCAGUGCCGGGACUCCGUUAGUCCCAGACCAGUUCUGAGGAGGAACCACAUACUGGGUCAGGUUGUGGAGAAGCUGAAGAUGAGCACUCUGGAGGCUCCGCCCUCUGUAGUGGAGGUCUGUGCAGAUGGCUCGGAUGUUCCCUGUGAUUUCUGCACCGUAGUGAGACGCGGCAGAGCCGUAAAGUCCUGUCUGAUGUGCUUAGCCUCUUACUGUGCCGCUCACCUGGAGCCGCACUACUGCGUGCCCGUGCUGCAGAGGCACCAGCUGAUCUCAGCUACGAGCCCUCUGGAGGAGAAGACCUGCUCUCAGCACCACAAACUGAUGGAGAUCUACUGUGAGACCGAUCAGAAGUGCAUCUGCUAUUUGUGCAGCAUUGACGAGCACAAAAGUCACUGGAUCAUCUCAGCCAUGACAGGGAGGACCAGCAGACAGUCGCAGCUCAUCAUGACUCGGCAGGGGGUCCAGCACAGAUUCCAGGAGAGAGAGGUGGAGCUUAAAGAGCUCAUUGACAUGCGAGAAGAUUUCAAGGACAGUACUCAGACCGCCAUGGUGGCUUGUGAGCAGAUCUUUGCAGGGCUCAUCUUGUCCCUGCAGGACAGAUGCACUGAGGUCAAACAGCUGAUUCAGACUCAGGAAAAAGCUGCAGACGCUCGGGCUGAACAACUGCAACGGAAACUGGUGCAAGAAAUCGCCAACCUGAGGGCACACGAUGCUGAAAUGAAGGAGCUGUUGGACACUGAAGACAACAUCCACUUUCUUGAGUGUUUCCCGAUUGUUUCUCGUUCCCGUGAGUCUCCAGAUUUGCCAGUUGGAGCUUUUUCCCGUUCACCUCGCGGCUUCAUUAAUGUGAAGGACUGUGUGUCUCCACUAAAAGGCCAACUGGAUGACAUCGUGAAGGAUUUGUGGUCCACGGUUUCUCUCAUGGUUUCUGCUGUUGAUGUUAUGCUGCCCCCGAUCCCGAAGACGAGGGAAGAAUUUCGACGUUAUUGCCGUCCGCUAGCAUUUGACUGCAACACAGCAAACACAUGUUUGUCACUGUCUCAGGAAAACCGACUUGUGACAUACAGCGGCUACAGUCAGUUUACCAGACCUCACGCAUUUACGCCUUUUGUACAGGUGUUGUGCACUGAGAGUUUGUCAGAACGACAGUACUGGGAGGUAAAGCGACAGGGGAAUAAUACCACUUGUGUCACCGUGUCGUACAAAGACAUCAGCCGCGCUUCAGAGUUUGGAAGUAACGACAAGUCCUGGAGCUUGGUGUGUUCCUCAAAUGGUUACACUUUCCGGCACAACUGGACGGAAACAAAGGUGUCGGGCCCCAGUUCCCCCACGGUUGGCGUCUUCCUGGAUUUUAAAGCGUGCACUUUGUCCUUUUACGCCAUCGACAGCACCAUGACCCUGCUGCACACCGUCCAACACGUGUUCACACAGCCGCUCUAUCCCGGCGUCGCGAUAAAAAACAUGUCACAUUAUGAACAUUAUCAUAGUGUAGAGCUUGUCAAGUUAUGGCCUUAACUUGCUGGUGAGUUCAUAUCAUUUAUUUAUUUAUUGUGAUUCUGGACCCCUGUGGGUUUUACAUAAAUGAUGGUCUUGGAUCCACUUGGUAUUUGGGGAUGAGCACCAGCACAAACAGACCUCAGACCCAG